CAACUCUUUUCUUUCCACAUCUAGGAAAACAAUGUCAAAAGUCUUUACUUUAGAAGAGGUGGAAAAGCAUAAUACACUGGACUCUUUGUGGGUCAUUUUCAAUGACAGAGUGUAUGAUGUUACGGAAUUUGCUCAAGAUCAUCCCGGUGGUGAUGACAUUAUCGUAGAGUUUGCGGGAAAAGAUAUUACAGCAGUCAUGUAUGACAAGAACUAUCAUGAACAUUCAGAAUCGGCAUACGAUAUGUUAGAACCUUACGUGAUUGGUACAGUCGAGGGGGUCGAAAUAAAUCAGGGAGCUGCUCGUCAUAUGGAAGGUAUACGUGCCAGUCUUCAUCGUCGACGUGUGAACCUCUUACAGUCUGAAGAAGAAUUCAACACCUUUACUAAAGAGGAUUUCAAACCUAAUGAAACGGACGUAGCACACGACAAGAAGGUGCACCAAUUCUUGGAUCUCAACAAACCACUCGUGCCUCAAUUCUUCAAAUUGAAGUUUACCCGAGAACAUUAUUUGGAACAAGUGCAUAAGCCUCGUUAUUUAAACCGACCUGCAGAUUUCUUUGGACAUCCGCUUUUAGAACCGUUGUCAAAAACAGUGUGGUGGGUAGUGCCUUUAAUAUGGCUACCCUACGUUGGUUAUAAUUUCUACAAGUCUCUUCAGUACGGCAAUCCAUUAGCAACAACACUCUACUUCUUCCUCGGCAUUUUUAUAUGGACUUUCUUGGAAUAUGCUCUUCAUCGUUUCUUGUUCCACUACGACGAUCGUAUGCCUCAACACCAAAUGAUGUACCUUUUGCACUUUGUGCUUCAUGGUUUCCAUCAUUAUUUACCCAUGGACAGAUUGAGACUCGUUGUACCACCUACACUGUUUGUCAUUUUAGCUUAUCCAUGGAUUACAGCAGCACACCUUCUAUUCCCCAAGUUGAUGGCGUUUGGCGUGGUUGCUGGUGGCAUGUUUGGCUAUGUAUGUUACGAUAUGACCCAUUAUUACGUACAUCAUGCCAAGCCAUUUAAAAUUCAUUUUGCGGAAAUGAAAAGAUAUCAUUUGGCUCAUCAUUAUAAAGACUUUGAAGCCGGUUAUGGCAUCACUUCAAAGUUCUGGGACUAUGUCUUUAAGACAGCUAUCACCAACUAUUAAAAAAAACUACUAUUUUUUUUUUUUUUUUUUUUUU